AUCGUCAUCCCCUUGGCCCUUUGGAGUCUUCUCUCUCUCUUCCAUCUUUCCUCUUCCCCUUGUUUAUCCAGCUUGAGGGGUUGGUCAACUGCAGCACAGGCUAGAGAGAGAGAGAGAGAGAGUACAGAGAUGGGUCUCCUUUCCAAUAAGGUAGAGAGAAGCGAGAUCAAAGCAGGCGAUCACAUUUACUCCUGGAGAGCCAUUUAUACUUACUCUCACCACGUGCAGGCAUAUAUGUUGGAGGAAGCAAAGUUGUUCAUUUUACACGGGAAAGAGAUACAGGUUCAAGUAUGGAAACCCCCCGCAUCUCAAGUUCAAAUUCAAAGCUUCCAUCAGUCUGUCCUACCUUUCCUGACUGUGGAUUCCAGCAACCCAACAGUGGGGUUGUCCUCUCUUGCUUGGACUGCUUUCUUGGAAAUGGGCUUCUGUACUGCUUCGAAUAUGGAGUUACACCUUCUGCUUUCCUUGCCAAGGUCAGGGGUGGGACAUGUACCACAGCAACAUCUGACCCCCCAGAAACAGUUAUCCACAGGGCAAUGUAUCUGCUUCAAAAUGGGUUUGGGAACUAUGAUGUGUUCCAAAACAACUGUGAGGACUUUGCACUGUACUGCAAGACUGGGCUUCUGAUCCUUGAUAGAGAGUCAGCUGUGGGAAGAAGUGGUCAAGCUUCUUCUGUCAUUGGUGCCCCUUUGGCAGCACUUCUUUCGUCCCCUCUGAAAUUGUUAAUGCCUGGACCUAUUGGGGUUGCAACUGCAGCAGCUGGGAUGUAUUGUGCAAGCAGGUAUGCUACAGAUAUAGGUGUUCGAACUGAUGUAAUCAAGGUGGCAGUGGAGGACAUGGCUGUGAUCGUUUGGAAUGAUUCUGAUAGGCAACUGUCAAGCGAGGAAUCGUCUAGCAGAGAUCCCUCAGAAUCAACAAAAGACCUUAUCACUCUGUGAACCCUUUGUGUCUAUGCCUUAAUGAAGCUGCAUGCAGUUAUUUACAGUUGUUUAGAGAUAAUAACCAUUUGAUGUUAAUGAACUUGUGUUAGUCAAGGGGGGAAAAAAGUUUUUAGUCAUUUAUUAUGUUAAGUAUCUGUUUAUCACUGUGAUUAGUAAUUUAUUCUGUGAUAUAUCUGUUAUCUUCAAGAUUUGUAUACUUUUUUUUGUAUGUGUAUGUUAUUUGAGGAACAAGAAUAGGUCGGAUUAAGAGGUUAAUUAAGAAGCUGCUGCUUCUGUAA